GAGCUCAUUAUAAUCGAACAAUAAACAAAAGACUGGCUAGCUUAAAAGCGAUAAGUUCCCCUCAGUUCGGUUCAAGAUAUAUUUUUUGGUUCAUUUAGGUACUGCCAUAAUAAUCAGUUAUUCAACGUGUAUAAAAGUGACUCAAAGAUAACGACACGUCAGGUUGACGUCAACUGUCAGUGUCAAAUAAAUGUCAUGGCGGCGUAGCAACGAAAAGAUAGAAAUUAGCAAAGAGUUAUAUUAAAUUAAUCAUGUUUACUCUAGGUUUUUCGCCUGUAGUAAUUGUACUGGCACUCUUUGCCAUUCACGAAAGUUAUGCAGAAUUUUCUACGGAAGAUUGUGCGUCUCUCGGCUUUGUAAAAGCCAAUCUACUGUGUUCUUCCUGUGAUCAGCUGAAGGACUUUAAUUUGGAGCCUCUAAUCGAGCAUUGUAAGGAAUGCUGUCACGCCGACGAGUCAGCUCCUAAGGAGAAAAAGUACGCGCGUGCCGUGCUAGAAGUUUGUACGUGUAAAUUCCCCGCGUACCCUCAAAUUCAAGCGUUCUGCAAAGGAGAUAAGCCCGCCAAGUUCCCGAACUUGCAAAUCAAGUAUGUGCGCGGUUUGGACCCGAUCAUCAAGUUGUUCGACAAGGACGGGAUCGUGAAGGAGACGGUGGCGAUAGAGAAGUGGGACACGGACACUGUGGAGGAGUUCUUGCGCGGACAUCUCAUCAGAGACGAUGAAGAAGACAAGUCCUAUUUGAAAACUAAUCAAAUCUAAGCUUUAAUAAAGUAAGUGAUUCUUAUAA